CAUGAAGUUACACAUUCACCAAUGCAUUAACCUGCAGCAGACCAAGGCUGCUGCUUUAUAAGUUUGGACAUUGGAUUGCUUUUAGUUUGGACCAGAAUUCAUAGAAACAGAACCUACCAAAGACAAAGCGAUGGGUCCAGCUGUGGCGGUUCUUCUGCUUUCAGCGUCGCUACUGUCCACUAGUGAUGGUGGAAAAGUUCUAGUAUUCCCAGUGGAUGGAAGUCACUGGCUGAACAUGAAAAUAAUUCUGGAGGCCUUACAUUCCCGGGGACAUGAAAUAACAGUAUUUCGCUCCUCAACCAGUUGGUAUGUUUCGGAAUUUUCCCCCCUUUACACAUCCAUUACCAUCGCUCAGGAUCAGCCCCAAAACAUCGAGAGCCAAGAUGUCAUGACGUCUUUUCUGGACAGGUCAAUGGAGAUCCGUCGACAUGAAGGGACACUAUGGGCUUUUUUUGAGUUUUACAGGAACUUGUUCGAGUUGUUUGGAGAAAACCAGAAGGAUGUGGCAAAGAUUGUCGUCAGUAUCUUUGAGAAUAAAACACUGCUCAGACAGCUAAAUGAAACUGGGUAUGAUCUUUUUCUGACGGACCCUGCUUUCCCAGCAGGAGUUUUGCUGGCUCACUAUCUACACCUUCCCUUGGUUUUCAAUGUACGUUGGAUUUUUAGUGGAGAGGGUCAUUUUGCAAUAGCCCCUUCUCCACUGUCCUACAUUCCUGCAGUGUUUUCCCACUUCUCUGACAAAAUGCACUUUUUCCAAAGAGUCCACAAUUUCAUAUUUCACGGAAUGUUAGUCUACAUGCACUACUUUGUCUCUGAUCCACCUUACCAUGCCAUCUGCGAUAAAUACUUUGGAAACAACGUCAACACCUUGUCUCUGAUGCAAGCAGCCGAUCUCUGGCUAAUGCGGGUUGAUUUUACCUUUGAGCUCCCUCGACCCACCAUGCCCAAUGUCAUCUAUAUCGGAGGGUUCCAAGGAGAACCUUCCAAGUCUCUGCCAUCAGAAUUGGAGGACUUUGUGCAGAGCUCUGGUGAACAUGGAGUCAUUGUAAUGACUCUUGGCACUCUGUUGAGUGACCUUGGCCCCGAGGUAUCAGAAACCUUUGCAUCAGCAUUUGCCAAACUCCCUCAGAAAGUGGUGUGGAGACAUGUCGGUAAACGACCAACUACUUUAGGGAAUAACACCAUGCUGGUUGAAUGGUUACCUCAAAAUGAUCUCCUUGGCCAUGCCAAAACAAAGAUAUUCAUCACACACGGUGGCACAAAUGGGGUCUAUCAGGCCAUCUAUCAUGGCGUACCAGUUCUAGGUAUUCCGCUUAUCUUUGACCAGCAUGACAACAUCAUCCGUCUCAAGUCCCGUGGUGCUGCUGAAAUAGCUGAUGUGACAACAAUCACCGUUGACUCCCUAACCAGUGCUUUACAGAACAUUUUGGAUCCAAAUAAGCCGUACAAGCAGAACAUGAUCAAACUAUCACAGCUUCAUCAUGACAAGCCGAUGAAACCCAUUGACAGUGCAGUAUUUUGGAUAGAGUAUGUCAUGAGGCAUCGGGGUGCAGCACACUUGCGCUCUGAGUCCUACAAGAUGCACUGGUUCGCUUAUCAUUGUCUAGAUGUGAUUGUGUUCUGUGUUGCCGUUGUGUUGCUUUUCAUCUCAAUGCUAUGGGUUUCAUUUCGAAGCUGCAUUAGCAUCUUUGUAGGACAGAGGAAGUCUAAUUUUGCUUAGAGGAAGUGAUAAUGAAAUCAGAGAACAGAAUGAUAGCUAUGCAACAUGUUUAAGCUUUUCUUUGAAUUAAUAAAAAUAACCAAAAUACUGUUUAUUCUAAAUUGAUGAAAAAUGGAAGAAAAACAAGCUACUUUGUUACUAAUUUAACAUAUUCAUUCAAUUAACAAUUAGAUUCUGUGUUAAAUGGCUUAGUGUUGUUAUAUUUAGCCUUCAUAAUGAAGCUUAAGUAAACAUUCAGACUGAAAGACUGAACUUAGUCACUGUUUGAUGCUCUAUUGUCACUGUUGGUGGAAUGCUCAAUCAUAAAAUCCUCUUUUUC